AAAAUUUUUACCUUUGUAAAUAGAGUUGUAACCCCAGUGGAAUAUUUUACUCCCAAAGCCACUCGUUCAGGUGAAGUGAUGGGACGAUCAGCAGUAUAUAUUCGUCCUGAGCAUGACAUUCACAGUGAUAGUGGCAGUGACAGUGAUAGCAGUCAAGUGGUAGAUUUGGAUCCUGAGGAUGAUAUGUCACAUGAGAUAGACACAUCUGCUCGUGAGGAUACUGAGGAUGAUACAUCACACGUGACCGACUCAUCUGCUUGUGAGGACACUGAGGAUGAUACAUCACACGUGACAGACACAUCUGCUCGUGAGGACACUACCGAGGAUGAUACAUAAGACGUGGCAG